AUGGCAGAGGCCACAACAUCAGUAGAGACAGGGAAUAAGGAGUCUUCUCCACUAGAAGAGCUUGACAUAGAUGUUGAGAUCAAAGCCCAUGCUGAUAAGUUCCACCAUAUGUUCACCGAAAGACCACACCAUGUGUCCAAAGCCAGUCCUGGAUACGUUCAAGGGUGUGAGCUGCACGACGGAGAGUGGGGAAAAGUUGGCAGUAUCAUAUUUUGGAACUACGUUCACGAUGGAGAGCCAAAAGUAGCCAGGCACAGGAUCGAAGCGGUGGAUCCUGAGAAGAAUCUUAUAAAGUUCAGGGUCUUAGAAGGAGAUGUCAUGAAAGAGUACAAAACCUUCAAUUUUACGAUCCAUGUAACACCUAAGCAAGGAGGACAUGGAAGUGUAGUGAAGUGGCAUGUUGAGUAUGAGAGGAUUGACGAGAAGGUAGAUCAUCCCGAGACUAUUCUCCAAUACUUUGUUGAAUUGUCUAAAGAGGUUGACGAGUACCUCUUGUCGGAGGAAUAA